AUGCUUUGGAAAUCAUAUGUCAAGGAACCAAAGCCAUCAAGAAGAACAGAAGGACCAUACUUACUCAAGAGUAAAGAUACGGGACAGAAGACCGAUGAUUGUCGGCAGUUGAAGGACGAGAUUGAAUACCUGAUCCGAAAAGGCAAGUUGUCCAGAUACACCAAGGAGGGGGAUAAGAAUGCCCGAGGCAAUGAUGAUCGAGGGAGAGACAAUGACGAUCGGAGGAAUCAGCCUCGAGGACCUGUAGUUAAUGUAAUUUCUGGAGGACCAACCGCUGCUGGCACAUCUAGUAACUCGAGGAAGGCAUAUGCCCGGGAAGUGAUGAGUAUUGUUGGAGAACCCCCGAAGAGGGCGAGAAUUGAGCUUCCUCUGACUUUUAAUGAUUCAGAACUUGAAGGGGUGAAGUUCCCCCAUGAUGAUCCAUUAGUAAUCACACCCGUGAUCGGGAAUUCAUCUGUGAAGAGAGUCCUUGUGGACAAUGGGGCAUCUGUUGAUAUACUCUUCCACGACGCUUAUGAGAAGAUGGGAUAUGCUGAUUCACAAUUAAUACCUUCAGAUAUGCCUAUAUACGGUUUUAAUAACGCGGAGACGAAAAUUGAAGGAAUGAUCCAACUACCGGUAACAAUGGGAGCCGAGCCUAGACAGGCCACAUAUAUGUUGAACUUUUUGGUCGUUAAAGCCUCAUCAACCUAA